CCUUUUUCUUACACCCCCAUUUGGCGUCCUUUGUCUUCCUCGUUUCUCUCUGUCUCUUCUCUCGCCAAUUCGAUCUGCUCUCUGUUGUCUCCCUCCCUCUCGUUCAGAUGGCGGUCGCUGCAGAAAACCAACCCCAGGAGAAGAUCACUACCACGGAGGCCUCUGCUGUCGAAAAGAGAAGAUGGACGCUUAACGACUUUGACAUCGGGAAGCCUCUCGGAAGAGGGAAAUUCGGUCAUGUGUAUCUGGCUAGGGAAAAGAGGAGUAAUCAAAUUGUGGCGCUGAAAGUUUUAUUCAAGAGUCAGUUACAACAGUCGCAGGUUGAGCACCAGCUUCGUCGGGAAGUUGAAAUACAGAGUCAUCUUAGACACUCCAACAUUCUGCGCCUUUAUGGAUACUUCUACGAUCAAAAACGGAUUUAUUUGGUAUUGGAAUAUGCUCCCAAAGGUGAGCUUUACAAGGAACUACAGAAGUGCAAGUACUUCAGUGAGAGACGUGCUGCUACUUACAUUGCGUCGUUGGCUCGAGCACUCAUUUACUGUCAUGGAAAACAUGUAAUCCACAGAGACAUCAAACCAGAAAAUCUUCUAAUUGGUGCUCAGGGUGAACUCAAGAUCGCUGAUUUUGGAUGGUCGGUGCACACGUUUAACCGUAGGCGGACUAUGUGUGGGACACUGGAUUAUCUGUCUCCUGAAAUGGUGGAGAGUGUGGAACACGAUGCAAGUGUGGAUAUCUGGAGUCUUGGUGUCCUGUGCUAUGAGUUUCUCUAUGGGGUACCCCCAUUUGAGGCUAAGGAACACUCUGACACGUACAGGAGAAUUAUGCAAGUUGAUUUGAAGUUUCCUCCAAGACCAAUCAUUUCUUCAACUGCAAAGGACCUUAUCAGUCAGAUGCUUGUCAAGGAGUGCUCUCAACGGCUACCACUACACAAAGUUCUCGAACACCCUUGGAUUGUCCAAAAUUCAGAGCCCUCUGGUGUAUAUAAGAGUUGAUCGGCCUCGAUAAUGAUCUCCAUUACUUGUAUUGUCGGUGUUGUUUGAACUUCUCUGAGAGAUUGUAAGCAGUAAUCGAUAAUGUCCAUUCAAUUCUCACCCCAUUUGUUUUCCCAAUUCUUCCUCUUCUCUGGUCUUCAACAUAUGUUGUGUCUAUAUACAAACAAACUGGUAACUUGCCAAGCAAAAUCUUGCGAUUUGCUGCAAUGCUAUGCUCUUCAAUACAGUUGCUUUCUACUA